CCUUCUAAUAAAUGAAUAUCAACGUUAAAUAUUCAUGGUCCCCAUGGAAAAGACAAAAUCUGUUGACCAUGAAAUAAUAUAUAACGCUGUUAAAUAAAAAUGUAGACUACUUUCAAAGAAACAGAAAACUGAAAUGUUUUCUACAAAGGAGGAGGGUCUGUUACAUGCCAUCGCAUGCAAGGCGGAAUUCAUGAAACAUUAGUUUAUUGUUUAUAAAAAAAUGAGCUUAUAUAUUUCAUAAUUCACAAAUUAUAUUUUUAAUUUCUUUUCAUAUUGUAAUGACUUAUCACUAGACAGCUCUGCUGUGAUAAAAUUAAUGAAAUAACGUAUAUAAGAGUGUUUAUUGUAUUAUACCGUAAACACAUAAAAGGAAUAUAACAUCUUGUAGAAAAGAGAAAGAGAAAGAGAGAAUGUUGGCACAAAAUUGGUGUCACAAAUCAUCAGUUGAAACUGGUUGAAAUUUACAUUCUAAUCACAAGCGAGUCCUUUUCAUUUUUAGCUUUUUACAAUGAGGCGUUUAAACUGGGUUUUAGAAAUUGUUUUGCAGUGUAUAAUUUUUGCGCUAUGUAUCCAAUCUGAGAUUUCUAAUGUUGUAAUUCCUGUGAAGACAGAAUUUUCAUGUUUAAACAAAACUGCGGGUUUCUAUGCCGAUAUUGGUGCAAGCUGUAAAAUAUAUCACACUUGUGACGAAUAUGGAAACAAAUUUACGUAUCAUUGUCCGGAGGAAACUGCUUUUCGGCAGGAUGCUUUGAUAUGCGAUCACGCCCAUCUUGUUCGCUGUCACGGACAUACUAUUUACAACUCCAAGUAUAUAGAAGAAAAAAACAAGAACUCUUCUUUAAAUGUUUCUCCUAUAAAAGAUUUAGUGGAAAAAAGUCAAAAUGUUUUUCAUGUGACACAAUCACUAAAAACAAUCAAUAAAGUGCGAUAUGGAUUUACUAUUAGUACAAAAGAGUAUUUUGGAAAUAUGAAUAAACCACAAGUUGCAGAACCUAAUAUAACAAAUUUUCAUAUAACGAACGAUACCAGUUUUACUGCAACUCUUCCUAUUAACAAUUUUAUGAAGACAACAUUGCAGCAUGUAUCUUCUGCCAACAAUACUCAGGAACGUGGAUCAAUUAAAAAUGACAAUUUUUCUACUCAAAAACAAUUUUUUAAUAGCUGGGAUAAAUUAAAUGAGAAAGAUCGAACUAAUCAGAAGGAUUAUUUGAAUCGGAAAACAAAUGAUGCUUCGUACGACUUCGUGAAGUUUUCUGUUAAUGUGUUUCCUGGAAAUGCUCAAAAUCAAGAAGAUAAUGCAAAGAAUUACCAAACUAUAAAAAAUAUUACAAAUUUGUCAAAGUUACCUUUCACGAAUCAUAGAAAUUAUCCUUAUUCAGAAACUUUGAAAUCCGUACAAAAAAACACUCAGAUUUCUGCUACUACAAAUAGUAUAAAACCAGAGCAUACUUUAGUAGUCACCACAGAGUUACCUGUAUAUGCUUUGACAUUGUCUUUGAAACCAUUAAUACCCAGUGAAUUAGAAUAUGAUCCGUAUUAUCCAAAAUUGUCAACAUCAACAGAAUCAUAUUAUACUCCAGCACAUAGUAAGGAAUUGUCUUACAUGAAAGAUCCUGUUCAAGCAACAUGGUCAAGCAUUCAUUUCGAACUUCCACCUAUUUUGCCGGAUUUGAAUUCCUUAGAAGACAUUGUAGAUCGUAGAAAACUGUUUUAUAUCCCACGAAUUACAUCCAAUUAAUGUUUAAAUACCUUCUUUAUAUAAAGAUAACGAAAUGUACAAUGAAAAUAAAUAAAUAAAAACAUA